UACAACGUAGUUAAGCUGAAUAUUCCCCCAACUAGCACCCAACAAAAUGGCCUCAACUGAAACUGCCGUUCCCUUGAACAAUCAGCAUGAGAUUGUCCGCCAAUUAGCAGACUUCCCAGAAAACAUUUGGUCUCAUCGCAUCGCUUCUUUCACUCUCGAUAAGCAGGGAUAUGAAAUGUGUGCCAAAGAAAUUGAAAUGUUAAAGGAAGAAGUGAGCAGGCUUUUGGCAAUUGAAAAACCCAUGAUGGAGAAAUUCAAUCUUAUAGAUAAUAUAGAACGACUUGGCAUCUCGUAUCACUUUGGCGACAAGAUUGAAGACCAACUACAAGAAUAUUAUGAUGCUUACACCAACUUUGAGAAGCAUGCAGAGUGUGAUUUAUCGAUUGCAGCACUUCAAUUCAGACUGUUCAGGCAACAUGGUUUCAAUAUAUCUUGUGGCAUCUUUGAUGGGUUCCUUGAUGCUAAUGGUAAGUUUAAGGAAUCUUUAUGCAAUGACAUAAAGGGUCUCCUAAGUCUUUAUGAAGCUGCUCAUGUCAGAACACAUGGUGAUAAAAUUUUAGAAGAAGCCCUUUUUUUCACAACUACUCAUCUGACACGGGAAAUUCCCAAUGUGGGUUCUACUCUUGCAAAAAAAGUGAAACAUGCCCUUGAGCAGCCAUUGCAUAAGGGCAUCCCAAGAUAUGAGGCUUAUUGUUAUAUCUCCAUGUAUGAAGAAGAUGAGUCUAGUAACAGGUUGCUGCUAAGGCUUGCCAAAUUGGAUUACCACUUGUUGCACAUGUUGUAUAAAGAAGACCUUUCUGAGAUAAUCAGGUGGGGGAAGGAAUUGGACAUCAUAUCGAAGGUUCCAUACGCAAGGGACAGAAUUGUGGAGUGCUACUUUUGGGCUGUUGGAACCUAUUAUGAACCUCAUUAUUCUCUUGCUCGAAUGACUUUGACAAAAGCAACAGUCUUGGCUGGAAUGAUUGAUGAUACCUAUGAUGCGUAUGGCACCUUAGAUGAACUCAAAAUUUUUACGGAAGCUGUAGAAAGGUGGGACAGCAGUGGAAUCGAUCAACUCUCAGACUACAUGAAGGCAGCCUACACUUUGGUUCUGAAUUUUAAUAAAGAGCUUGAGGAAGAUUUAGCUAAAAAGAAGAGAACCUUUGCAUUCGACAAGUAUAUGGAAGAAUGGAAACAAUACGCGAGGACAAGCUUCACUCAGUCGAAGUGGUUUCUUGCGAAUGAAUUGCCAUCUUUUUCUGAUUACUUGAGCAAUGGAAUGGUCACAAGCACAUACUAUUUACUGUCAGCAGCAGCUUUCUUGGGCAUGGAUACUGCCUCAGAGGAUGUUAUCAACUGGAUGUCAACUAAUCCCAAAUUCUUUGUUGCGUUGACAACACAUGCCAGAUUGACUAAUGAUGUUGGCAGUCACAAGUUCGAGAAAGAAAGGGGCAGUGGCACAGCAAUUGAAUGCUACAUGAAAGAUUAUAAUGUGUCGGAGGAAGAGGCAAUGGAGAAGUUUGAAGAGAUGUGUGAGGACACUUGGAAGGUUAUGAAUGAGGAAUGCUUAAGGUCUACUACAAUUCCAAGAGAAAUUCUCAAAGUGAUUCUCAAUCUAGCACGAACCUGCGAAAUUGUUUACAAGCACCGUGGAGAUGGAUUCACUGAUCAACGUAGAAUUGAAGCCCAUAUAAACGCAAUGCUUAUGGACUCCAUGUCUAUUUGAGGAUGACACUGGUUACAUUAUCAGUUCCCAUUGGAAUUGGCCCUAUGUAUCAAUUCAUUAUGAGUUCUGAAGUGUGUGUGUGUAUGUUUUUUUUUUUCCUGUUUUUAAUUGGCCCUAGAGGUCUUCUAAUGCUGACAGAGAGGGAGAUCGAUUCUCCUUUCUUCCGUCUCCUCCCUUUGGUUAUGGUUGUGUAUCAAAACAAA